ACAGGGCGGGGCUAACCCCGUGAGGUCAGCAAGCGCUGGAUAAAGGGGUGCGGACCAGGGCUCAGGUGGCAGAGGCUUCGUUCCCUGGAGUCGCCUCAGGACCCCAGACAUGAAGCUCUUCUUCCCCGCCCUGCUGUCCCUCGGGGCCCUUGGACUGUGUCUGGCUGCCUCUAAGAAAAGUGUUCGAUGGUGCACCACAUCACCAGCAGAGUCGUCAAAAUGUGCCCAAUGGCAACGGAAUAUGAAAAAAGUGCGUGGUCCCUCUGUCACCUGCGUAAAGAAGACAUCUCGCUUUGAAUGCAUCCAGGCCAUCUCGACAGAAAAGGCAGAUGCUGUGACCCUUGAUGAUGGUUUGGUGUAUGAAGCAGGCCUGGACCCCUACAAGCUGCGGCCGAUAGCGGCGGAGGUCUAUGGGACAGAAAACAAUCCCCAAACCCAUUAUUAUGCCGUUGCCAUUGCCAAGAAGGGCACCAACUUUCAGCUGAACCAGCUACAAGGCCUGAAGUCCUGCCACACCGACCUUGGCAGGUCCACUGGGUGGAACAUCCCUAUGGGGCUACUUCGUCCAUUCUUGGACUGGACAGGGCCUCCUGAGCCCCUCCAGAAAGCUGUGGCCAAAUUCUUCUCUGCCAGCUGUGUUCCCUGUGUGGAUGGAAAAGAGUACCCCAACCUGUGUCAGCUGUGUGCAGGGACGGGGGAAAAUAAAUGUGCCUGCUCCUCCCAGGAACCAUAUUUUGGCUACUCCGGUGCCUUCAAGUGUCUGCAAGAUGGGGCUGGAGAUGUGGCUUUUGUCAAGGACAGUACAGUGUUUGAGAGCCUGCCAGAGAAGGCGGACAGGGACCAGUAUGAGCUGCUCUGCCCAAACAAUACUCGAAAACCAGUGGAUGCAUUCCAGGAGUGUCACCUAGCCCGGGUCCCUUCUCAUGCUGUUGUGGCCCGAAGUGUGAAUGGCAAGGAGGACUUGAUCUGGAAACUUCUCGUCAAGGCACAGGAAAAGUUUGGAAGAGGCAAGCCAUCAGCAUUCCAGCUCUUUGGCUCUCCUGCUGGACAGAAGGACCUGCUGUUCAAAGACUCUGCCCUUGGGUUGUUGAGGAUCCCCUCAAAGAUAGAUUCUGGGCUGUACCUGGGCUCCAACUACAUCACUGCCAUCCGAGGCCUGAGGGAAACGGCGGCGGAGGUGGAGUUGAGGCGCGCGCAGGUCGUGUGGUGCGCGGUGGGCUCCGAGGAGCAGCUCAAGUGCCAGGAGUGGAGCCGCCAGAGCAACCAAAGCGUGGUCUGUGCCACGGCCUCCACCACCGAGGACUGCAUCGCCCUGGUGCUGAAAGGAGAAGCUGAUGCUUUGAGCUUGGAUGGAGGAUAUAUCUACAUUGCGGGCAAGUGUGGUUUGGUGCCUGUCCUGGCGGAGAGCCAACAAUCCCCCGAAAGCAGUGGCUUAGAUUGUGUGCAUCGACCAGUAAAAGGGUAUCUUGCCGUGGCGGUUGUCAGGAAAGCAAAUGACAAGAUCACCUGGAAUUCUCUGAGAGGCAAGAAAUCCUGCCACACCGCCGUGGACAGGACCGCAGGCUGGAACAUCCCCAUGGGCCUGCUCUUCAAAAAUACAGACUCCUGCAGAUUUGAUGAAUUCUUCAGUCAAAGCUGUGCCCCUGGGUCUGACCCGAGAUCCAAGCUCUGUGCUCUGUGUGCAGGCAACGAGGCGGGCCAGAACAAGUGUGUGCCCAACAGCAGCGAGAGAUACUAUGGCUACACUGGGGCUUUCAGGUGCCUGGCUGAGAAUGUUGGGGACGUUGCGUUUGUGAAAGAUGUCACCGUCUUAGACAACACGGAUGGAAGUAGUAGCUGUCAUUCAGCCCAUGGGAGCCCUCAGUUGGAAACUCCUUGGGGAUUUAAUAAGGACAACAUCACAGGAAAGAACACUGAGCAGUGGGCUAAGGAUUUGAAGCUGGGAGACUUUGAGCUGCUGUGCCUCAAUGGUACCAGGAAGCCUGUGACUGAGGCUGAGAGCUGCCACCUGGCCAUGGCCCCAAAUCAUGCUGUGGUAUCUCGGACUGAUAAGGUAGCACACCUGGAACAGGUGCUGCUCCACCAACAGGCUCAUUUUGGAAGAAAUGGACAAGACUGCCCAGGCAAGUUUUGCUUGUUCCAGUCCAAAACCAAAAACCUUCUGUUCAAUGACAACACUGAGUGUCUGGCCAAACUCCAAGGCAAAACAACGUAUGAAGAGUAUUUGGGACCACAGUAUGUCACAGCCAUUGCUAAGCUGAGACGAUGCUCCACCUCCCCGCUUCUGGAAGCCUGCGCCUUCCUGAGGAGGUAAAACCCAAAAAGCCGCCCGCCUCCCCAGAAGCCUCAGCCCCUGGUUGCUCGCAGCCCUGGUUCCAGGUGUGCUGCACUUCCUCUCCCUUCCUGAGGGCGGAGUUCGCCAAGCUCAUCAGUUUUCACAAUUCCCUGCUGUCAACUUAGCAAGAAAUAAAAUUAGAAAUGCUGUUGGUUUUCAUACCCUAUAAA